GAUUCGUGUGAGAUUAAUGUAGAUCCGAUGGAUAAGAAAAUCUUCGUUGGAAGGCUACGAUUGUUGACCGAAGAAUAACUAUUUUUUAGGCGACCGAGAAAUAGACACUCCCAUACUUAAAUAUAUCUAGAUACAUGUAAUAUUUCACACUUAAUAUGGGACGGGGUGAGUAUGGGACGGGACGAGUGUACUAUUAUUUUCUUGAAAAAAUAAAUCAAUUCUAUCCGUGGCACGGAUUUAUAGCUUCUUUUAGAUGGAUGAAUAUGUAUGUGUGUGUGUGAGAUGGCAUUUGCUGCUUUGUUACAAGUUUACAUCCUUGCUGAUUUUGGCUUUGCUGCCAGUAAAGUAGAGUAGUAUGCCAAUGACUCUUGGCUAAGUGCCAAUGAGACGACAUUAGCUGUGCAGGCGCAGGGGUUUAACUUGUUCCCAAUUCGGGCUCGUCGCAAAGAAGCCAAGCUUUGAUGCCGGAUUCAAUGUCCAACGAGGCCAAUGCAGAGGAUAAAUCCCGGCCGGGUGUUCCUGUGAUCCUGAUGUGCGCCGUCCAUCGAUCGUCCUCCAUCGAUCGUGAUCAAUGUCUGCUACCAACGGCACCGGCAACGGCGAUUCCUUGUCGCCGGCGGCAAUGGCGGGGGCGACGACGCCCCGGUCGCGGCUGCCGCGUUGGACGCGGCACGAGACGCUGGUGCUGAUCCAGGCGAAGCGCGCGACGGAGCAGAGGGCGGCGGCGGCGGCGCAGGGGCAGCCGGUGCGGCUCAAGUGGGCGGUGGUGUCGGGGUACUGCCGGCGGCACGGCGUGGAGCGGGGACCCAUGCAGUGCCGCAAGCGCUGGGGCAACCUCUCAUGGGACCUCAAGAAGAUCCUCGUCUGGGAGAAGAAGAACACGAAAACGAAGACGUCCAUGGAGAAGGAAGGGGAAGAAGAGGAAGAAGAAGAGAAGAAGGGGGAAGGGCAGGACGAGUCUUCGUCCUCGCGGCCGUCGUUCUGGGAGAUGCGCGGGGAGCAGCGGCGCGCCAGGCAGCUGCCGUCGUCCUUCGACCGGGAGGUCUACGACGCGCUCGUCGGCGCCGCCGCCUCCGUCAAGCUCCCGCCGGCGGAGUCCGGCGAGGAGAUGGAUCUCGACGACGACGAAGACGAGGACGGCGGCCAUCAGCAGAUUCCGAUGCCGAUGCCGAUGCCGGCCCAGACGCCGCCGCCGCCGCCGGUCUUGGUCAUGCCCAUCUCAGCCAGGAUGUACGUCCCGCCGGCCUCCUCCCAGCACGAAUGCUCCGAUCCAGCGACGGAGAGCGCGAAGAAGCCGGGGUCGGACAAGAACUCGACGUCGCAGCAGGACAGCGAGGCCACAUUCGGCGCCGGAGUCGGGGCAGAAGGCACCGCAACGGCCGCGACAGCGACGACGAGCGUGAUCGGGAGACAGGUGACGGAGGCGCUGGAGAGGGGCAACCGGGUGCUGGCGGAACAGCUGGAGGCGCAACGGGCGAGCGCGGAGUCCGACAGGGAGCACCGGGCGGCGCUGCUCGCCGCCGUCAACCGCCUCGCCGACGCCGUCUCCAGGAUCGCCGACAAGCUCUGACGCAGAUCGAUUCAUUAAAGCCUUGAGCGUACCGUAGAUCAAAGUGAGGUCAUGAUCUUCUCAAGUCCUUCGGAGAUUCAGAAUGAUAUUGCUAGGUAGAUACAUUAAAAGAAGGACCUUUCCGUAUAUACGAUUCUACAGGAUAAUGGUCGCUUGGUUUGGUUGAUUAUAUGGGGUACUCCUAGUACAGUUGCGAAUAGUGAAUAAUGUUGGUUUAAAGUGAUGUUUCUGGCUAGUCCGGCUGCAGAUUCCCCUGGGCUGGAACUGCAGGACGACUAAAGUCUGGAAGCCAUCCAGGUGAUCCAUCAAUGGGAUUAUUGAGAUACAGUCUUAUUAGAGAUAACCUGAACAACUGGAUCUGUGCUGAUCGAUCGAUUACUGCACAUCCUAGAA